CGCCCCGGGCCGUAUCGGGGCAGGAGCUGAGAGCGCGCCUCGGCUCCCGGGGAGCGACUCCCAGCGUCUGGAUAGGCUGUAGACGCCGAUUGCCCGCCCACUUCGCCGUUCGGGGUGCCUCGAUUGGCCGGUGUUGGCGCGAAGGUACGCUAGGCAGCCCUCACGCAGGGGCAGCAGGAAACAAUAGAGGCCGCGCGCGGAGAGCGAGCGCCUGUAGACUCCCCGCCCCUCCCGCAACGGUAGACCUCGGGAUACCCCCGACUUGCCUGCUCGCCAUGGCCGACAAGGAAGCAGCCUUUGAUGACGCAGUGGAGGAACGUGUGAUCAACGAAGAGUACAAAAUAUGGAAAAAGAACACCCCUUUUCUUUACGAUUUGGUGAUGACCCAUGCUCUGGAGUGGCCCAGCUUAACUGCACAGUGGCUUCCAGAUGUAACCAGACCAGAAGGGAAAGAUUUCAGCAUUCAUCGGCUUGUCCUGGGGACCCACACGUCGGAUGAGCAAAACCACCUUGUGAUAGCCAGUGUGCAGCUCCCUAAUGAUGAUGCUCAGUUUGAUGCUUCACACUACGACAGUGAGAAAGGAGAAUUUGGAGGCUUUGGUUCUGUUAGUGGAAAAAUUGAAAUAGAAAUCAAGAUCAACCAUGAAGGAGAAGUAAAUAGGGCACGUUAUAUGCCACAGAACCCCUGCAUCAUUGCAACAAAGACUCCGUCCAGCGAUGUUCUUGUUUUUGACUAUACAAAACAUCCUUCUAAACCAGAUCCUUGCGGAGAGUGCAACCCAGAUUUGCGUCUCCGUGGACAUCAGAAGGAAGGCUAUGGGCUUUCUUGGAACCCAAAUCUCAGUGGGCACUUACUUAGUGCUUCAGAUGACCAUACCAUCUGCCUGUGGGACAUCAGUGCUGUUCCAAAGGAAGGAAAGGUUGUGGAUGCGAAGACCAUCUUCACAGGGCAUACAGCAGUAGUGGAAGAUGUUUCCUGGCAUCUGCUUCAUGAGUCUCUGUUUGGGUCAGUUGCUGAUGAUCAGAAACUUAUGAUCUGGGAUACUCGUUCAAACAAUACUUCCAAACCAAGCCACUCAGUUGAUGCUCACACUGCUGAAGUGAACUGCCUUUCUUUCAAUCCUUACAGUGAGUUCAUUCUUGCCACAGGAUCAGCUGAUAAGACUGUUGCCUUGUGGGAUCUGAGAAAUCUGAAACUUAAAUUGCAUUCCUUUGAAUCACAUAAGGAUGAAAUAUUCCAGGUUCAGUGGUCGCCUCACAAUGAAACUAUUUUGGCUUCCAGUGGUACUGAUCGCAGACUGAAUGUCUGGGAUUUAAGUAAAAUUGGAGAGGAGCAGUCCCCAGAAGAUGCAGAAGAUGGGCCACCGGAGCUGUUGUUUAUUCACGGUGGUCACACUGCCAAGAUAUCUGAUUUCUCCUGGAAUCCCAAUGAACCCUGGGUGAUCUGUUCCGUGUCCGAAGACAAUAUCAUGCAAGUGUGGCAAAUGGCAGAGAACAUUUAUAAUGAUGAAGACCCCGAAGGAAGCGUGGAUCCAGAAGGACAGGGGUCUUAAAUACAUCUGCACUUCUUGUGAUUUUAGACUCCCCUUUUCCUUUCAACCCUGAUGAUACUGAUUUAACACUGGUUUUGAGACCCAGACUUUGUUCAGUUAUCCCUUUGCAUUAGGUACCAUCAACAAUGCUAUUAGCCCAAACUGAGGGUGUUUUCUAAAUGUUAACUGGGGCACUUGAUUCAGCAAAGCCACAGACUUAUAUUUAAAUUUUCUUCAGGAAUUUUCUAGUAACAAAAAUCUAAAGUAGCCACCGAAAGGGGAUUAUUGUGUGUGGUUAUUUUAUUUUUCUUCUAAUGCUGUAUCCCCAAGUUUUUCGGACUCAUUUAAGUAAAGGCUAGGGUAAGGAAGGAAUAGAGCCAAGUGAGAGGUGUCGAGCCGUGAAGCACGAGUACUGCAAGGUGUCGUUUUUAUUCAGGAAUUGGGGGGGGGGUUCGAGUCAUAAAUUGAUACUCUACAAUCUUCACGCCCGUUUUUCCAGGAUGCACAUUGCCCUCUGUAGGCCAGUCUCCUCUGAGUUUCUUCAGUUAAGUCAAAACUACACGUUCCUCUUUCCCCAUAUAUUUUUGCUUGUUAGUGUAUUCCUUGAGCAGUUUUCAUAUUAUUUCUUUCCUUUCUGUGAAAUGGUUUUUUUU